UCUAUACCACGCUUGCACUGCCUGAUUAAAAAUGCUGCAGUAAAUAACGGCGCUUGGGGAACUAGUCGCUUCACAGGGUCCAUACUUUAGUCUCUAAGGUAUUAAUGUAGAAAUAUUAGCUGUUUGUAACAUGAAGACUUCACCUAACUUGAACGUCUGGAGGCCCCUGUCAGGCACUAUCUUGGACAGCAGCAGCUUUGGAGGUCCCCAGCCCGUGAGGGAGACGUGGCCUGGGUGCGGGGCGCCCUAGCCGGCGGAGAAGCGGAGGCGUUCAGGGCUGCGUUCCAGUGGCUCAUCAUGUCGAAGGUUUCCUUUAAGAUCACGCUCACGUCGGACCCGCGGCUGCCGUACAAAGUACUCAGUGUUCCUGAAAAUACGCCUUUCACAGCAGUGUUGAAGUUUGCAGCAGAAGAAUUUAAAGUUCCUGCAGCAACAAGUGCAAUUAUUACAAACGAUGGAAUAGGAAUAAAUCCUGCACAGACGGCUGAUGACACAACCUUGCUUGCUGAAAGUGAAGAGGACUUGAGGCAUUUACUGAUGAAGAUCAAAGACCACAGCCUUCAGUAUGGAUUACAUCUCAACAUAAAGAAAACAGAAAUCCUCACAACUGGACCAAUAAGCCACAUCAUGAUAAACGGAGAAAAGAUUGAUGUUGUCGAGGAUUUCAUUUUACUUGGAUCCUCAGUCAACACCCAUGGAAGCAGCAGCCAAGAAAUCAAAAGAUGCAUUGCAUUGGGCAGAUCAGCUGCAGAAGAUCUCGUUAAAGUGUUAAAAAGCAACUGUGUCACCUGAGGACUACUAAGGUGCAUCUGGCCCAGGCCAUGGUGUUUUUAGGUACCUCAUAUGUGUGUGAAAGCUGGACAGUGAAUAAGGAAGACCAAAAAAGAAUUGACGCCUUUGAGUUGUGGUAUUGGUGUAGAAUUUUGAAUAUACCAUGGACUGCCAAAAGAACAAACAAAUCUGUCAUAGAAGAAGUAUAACCAGAAUGCUUCUUAGAAGCAAGGAUAGCGAGACUAUGUCUCACAUAGUUUGGACAUGUUAUCAGGAGGGAUCAGUCCCCAGAGAAUGACAUCAUGCUUGAUAAAGUAAAGGGUCAAUGAAAAAGAGGGAGACCCUCAACGAGAUGGAUUGACACAGUGGCUGCAACAAUGGGCUCAAGCAUAGCAACAAUUGUGAGGAUGGUGCAGGAUUGGGCAGUGUUUUAUUCUGUUGUGCAUAGGGUCGGAACCAACUCAAUGGCACCUAACAAUAACAAUUAAACGGGUAAAAAGCCUGAGGAUAAGAUUGUUCUGUUUUGGAAGUAAUAGUUGUGAGGUAGUGGGUGUAAAGUACUUAAAAGCUUACCUUCUCCAUAGUAAGCACUUAGUAGUAAGUGUUACCCAGUGCCAUCGAGUCCAUUCCGACUCAUAGCUAUUAGUAUUAUUUUAAAGUAGUGUGGUCAUUUAAAUUUCAGAGAGACUUGGUCUGUUCUUAGCUUUAAUCUGUUAACAAGACACAGAUUGAUAUAUUGAUGUAAUAAGUAGUAAGCCGGAUAAAUGUUGGUUUACAGGUGUCUUAAUUAUCUAGCGCUGCUGUAACAGAAAUACCACAAGUGGAUGGCUUUAACAAAGAGAAGUUUAUUUCUUCACAGUAAAGUAGGCUAAAAGUCCAAAUUCAGGGCGUCAGCUCCAGGGGAAGGCUUUCUCUCUGCUGGCCUUCUCGUCAGUCUUCCACUGGACCAGUGGCUUCUCUGCACAGGGAUCCCAGGUCCCAAGAAUGCACUCUGCACCAGCACUGCUUUCUUGGUGGUAUGGGACCCCCAGCUCUCUGCUUCCUUCCUUUCCUUUUAUCUCUUCUAAGAUAAAAGGUGGUGCAGGCCACACCACAGGGAAACUCCCUUUACAUUGGACUAGGGAUGUGACCUUAGUAAGAGUGUUACAAUCCCACCCUAAUCCUUUUUAACAUGAAAUUACAAUCACAAAAUGGAGGACAAUCACAAAAUACUGGGAAUCAUAGCCCAGACAAAGUGAUAUGUACAUUCUGUGGGGGACAUAAUUCAGUCCAUGACAAAAAUCCAUUUGCAGUGUUUUGAAGUUAAGCAUGCUGAAAUAUACUGUAAACUUAAUUUUAAGCAUUUGCUAUUUUUAAUUCAUUAUAUUCUAAAGUGCUUCUUAUUAAAACAAAAUUAUAUUCUCAUAGGCUUUGGGAUUGAAAUUUAGCCAUAUAGAAAUUAUAAGGGAAUUUAAAAUUGUGAAUUUUAUAUUUAAAUCUGUAGUUUUAAGUAUAUGAUUUCAUUAAAUUAGAAAGGUUAUUUACUGAAAAGUUGGCACUUCCUGUAUGGAUGUCUUUAAAUUUAGUGAUAGUAGAUAGGUUUUUGUUUUGUUUAACUCCAGAAAUGUUCAGUAAUUUGUGUUAAAUUACUGUUUCUCUAACAUCUUGUAUUUGUACUGCCUUUAAAAAAUUCAGUUGUAAAAACACUCAACAAGAUAGGAAUAAAAGACGUCUUCACUAUGAUUAAGGGCAUUUAUGAAAAGCCUACAGCUAACAUCAUAUUCAAUAGAGAAGGACUGAGAGCUUUGCCAUUAAGAUCAGGAACAAAACAGGGAUGCCCACUUUCACCACUUCUAGUCAGCAUUGAUCUGGAAGUCCUAGCCAGAGCAGUUAGCUUAGAAAAUAAAUAAGUAAAUAACAGUGUCUAGAUUGGGAAGGAAGAAGUAAGACUUAUCUCUUU